AGCACAUCUUCUAAAACAUAUAAGGGAUUUCCCCUUAUAUGUUUUAGAAGAUGUACGUGUGUGCAGCGCCUGUGCGCGCAGAAAAUAUUUGACACUUCCUCUUGAUGUGCCUACAGGAAGGAUCAACCACGUCAAUGUCUCCGUAAGAGCUCAGACCGAUUUCCACACAGUGGGACUAACUAAAGGCUUGGUCGCGGCUGGUGUGAACACUGUGUUACUUGUGAAGCAGGUUCACGAUGAGCUGUUCCCUGCAAUCCGUUUGGAGGGCCAAUUUGCUCCUCUGUCUGGGGCUACUGCUGCACAGUGGAGAAGCCAGAGUGCACACUGAAGUACAGGCCGGGCCUCUGUACCGCGUGGUGGGCUCUCGGCUCUCCGUCUUCUGCAACGUGAGCGGCUUCACCAGCGACAGCACGAGAAAGGAAUUUGAAUUCCGCGUUAAGAAGCCUGCAAAUCCGACAUUUGAGAUCAGCAUCAUCAGCACCAAUGAUCAAACCUUCGGCUACGCCGUGUACUCACGCCGCGUGAGGAGCAAGGAGAUUACUCUGACACAUGUGUCUCCAAACUCAGUCGUCUUUGAGAUACAACGGUUGCAGAAAGAUGAUGAAGGAGAAUUUGACUGUGCUGUGAUCAACCCGGAAUCAGUUUAUGAUGGAACCUACAGUGCUAAGACAACAGUGAAAGUGAUUGACGACUCCUUAAGUGUUUCCUCACCUGCCUCCACCUCACUGAGCUAUAAUGAGGGUGAUGAUCUCACUCUAACAUGCCAAGCCUCCAGCAACACCAUCCAGCACACUCACCUGUCUCUUGCCUGGUUUCUCCAUAAAAACGGCGAAGACGACGCUCAGCCUAUCAUUUCUCUGGACAGGGAUUUCACACUGAGCCCAGGCCAGGGGUUUGAAGGGCGUUACCAAGCUGGACUCAUAAGGUUAGACAAAAUGGGAGAGGCCACGUACAAGCUUAACAUGGCUCAGCUGAAGCUGUCAGACCAAGGCAGGAUCUACUGCCAGGCUCAGGAGUGGAUCCAAGAUCCCGACCGCUCCUGGUACUCUAUCGCACAGAGGGAUGCAGAGGAAACUACCCUGAGUGUCAAAGCCAGAGAAGUGGUGUCAGACACGUCGUCUCUGGUGGUGAGAAUCUCAGCGCAGCCGACAGCCCUGCAGGAGGGGCAGGAGCUGUCGCUGUCCUGCAACGUCGACACGCAGAACCUGCAGGAAAGGUUCUUCUCUGUCAGCUGGCUCAGGGGAAGCGUUGAGCUGGCCCACAUCGGCCCUACAGGCGUUCUGUCCGUGGGGCCUGUGUACAGCGUGCGAGCGGCAGAGGGAGAGCUCAGGGCGGCCCGGCUAGGGGCCAGAGAUUACCGUCUCGUACUGCAGCCUGUCCGAACCGAGGACCAAGGAGAGUAUAUCUGUCGAGCGUGGCCUCAGGACAGAGGCCAGGAUGGUGUGUUUACCCAGGGGGCAGCCCAGGACUCCAGCUCCCAGUUAGUGAGCAUCUCAGCCACAGAAAGUGGGCUCUCACUUGACAUGCAAAACACUGUGAGCGUUAACGAAGGUGACAGGCUGACGCUCACCUGCAAAGUGAAUGGGGUCAAAGGUCAGCUGUCCGUCACCUGGCAGCACGGAGCAGCAGUCGUUAGUCUAAGUCAGGAGGGCGUCAUGGAGAAAUCGGGGGAGUUCACGAGUCGCAAAGUAAAGGCAACGCGCCCAGCAGCUGACACCUUCACCUUAGAGCUUGAUGAGGUCACGCCGUCUGAUUCAGGCAUCUACCAGUGUGCUGUGUCUGAAUGGAAAACCAAUAGUAAGACCAACAGCCAGUCACUGACUGCCACAGUGACAGUGGUUCCUGUAGAUACGCUUGUGAAAGUGAAGCUCAUGAGUCGCAACAGCAUAGUGACUGUAGGUGAAAAUGUGGAGUUGAUUUGCCAGGUCAGAGGGCCACAUGUGCCAAUAACACUGACCUGGAGCCUGCAGCGUGAUGCCUCAACCCUAGAUAACAUCCUGACACUGUACUCUGAUGGCUCCAUCAGCUGGUCGGGAGACCAGCACCGCUACCAGCUCAAAGUAGAGAGCAGACAGAGUGAAGUCAAUCACUAUCUUCUCAUCAACGGUGUGAGUCACAGGGAGGCGGGAAGCUACCAGUGCAGUGUGUCUGUGUUCCUGGAGAAUGUACACAAGAAGCUGCCUCCAUCCUACCAGCUGGCUGUGAAUGUGCAGAACCCAGUGAGCAAACUCAUUCUGACCUCCAGCCCGGCCUUGACAACUGAUAUCAACGCUGACGUCGAAAUAAAAUGCUCAGUUAUAUCAGAACCCUCUGCGUCCUCUCGCUAUGCUGUCACCUGGCUGCUCCAGCAACAGACAGAAAAUAAGACCAUUAUCAGCUCAGACCGGGAUGCCCUCAUAACAUUCGGACCCCAGGUAGAGCUGAGCCACAGGCAGCGAAUCACCAUGAAGCGCACCAAAGGCCUGAGUUUUGAGUUGACCGUUCGGCAAGCUCAGAUCUCAGACGGAGGCUCAUACACAUGCGAGGUGGUGGAGUGGCUGCAAGAUCCUCGUGGUGAUUGGUAUCAGCUCUCACCAGUGUCCAAAACUACAAAGAUGACGGUUACUGAGCCUGCCAAUGACCUGCAUUUAGAUAAGACAGAGCAGGCAUUAACUGCCAGGGAGGGAGACGAGGUGGAGCUCAAGUGUAACAUCAUCUCAGGUGCAUCCAGUCCAUCUUUUAUGUACAAAGUCGCCUGGCUCUACGUUGGGAACGAUCCUUCCGUCACCAACGUCCUGGUGGAGCUUGAUCACACGGGCCUGCUGAUCUACCCAGAGAAGCAGGGGCAGAGAGGCCUGCAGGGGCGGCUUCGUCUCUCCAGACCCACUCGGAGCAGCUUCCUCCUUGGGAUUCAGAAGGCCCAUGAGGGGGAUAGCGGGACCUACAAGUGCCAGGUCGAGCAGUACCAGCUGGAUCGUGAAGGCCACUGGCAGCAAAAGGCUUCAGAAAGCGCUGGCCCCAUCACACUGACUGUAAAUGUUGCAGAAAGAAACCUGACCAUUUUGAAGGAAGAAGUGGAGUUGAAUGUGAGCACAUCCCAGAAUUUCGCUAUCCCCUGUACAAUCACAAAACAAUCCAGCAGUGACUCUCAGUUCCAGGUCAUGUGGAUUUGGCAGAAAGAGACAGAAACUACACAACGCCCCAUAUUCACGUCGUACCGAAACUCCACCCUACAAGACAGGUUUGGGAAGGGUGAUAAGCUAAGAUUUAGUCACCCUUUGCCCGACCAAUUCAGCCUAACAGUCCUGAAUCCAGGUCUUGAACAUAGUGGUCUAUAUUUCUGUGAGGUAGAGGAGUGGCUCCCAUCUCUGCCUCAGGGGUGGAGGAGGGUUGCAGUGGAAACGUCUGGAAGUUUGACUGUUCAUGUCCAUGCAGACGGAGAUGCUAAAGCCGUCUCUGAGCCAGAAUGCGAGUCAAGUACCUGGAUUUGGAUGAUUGUAGCUAUUGUCAUCUGCGCACUGUUAGUCAUAGCCGCACUGGUGCUGGGGAGAUGUCUGAGAAAGAGAGGAAAGAAGUCGCAAGAACAAUCUCUCUGGACGGAGCAACACCAUCUGAAAAGCAAAUCCGGUGCAGAGGAUUGAACCACACAGACCAGAAGAGGAAAAAUAGUGUCAUAUUUUAUGUGCUUUGUAAAAAAUGCAGGAAUGUUUUCAAAUUCAAAAAGUUCCACUGUAUAAACUUUUUUAUUCACUUUUAUUCAAAGUUCAGCACUUCUUUCUCUAAAUGAAUCUGUUGAUAAUGUUCCAUAAAAUAAUUGUUUAAAUGUU